AUGGGAAAACAAUCGACGCCAGCGGAUGAAGGAGAAGUGGUGCCGGAGCAUCUGCGGUGCUGCCGGACGGAUGGGCGGCAAUGGCGGUGCCGGCGGCGAGUGAUGGAAAACCUAAAACUCUGUGAGAUUCACUACCUGCAAGGUCAGCAUCGGCAGCACAAGGAGAAGGUUCCGGAGUCGCUGAAGCUUCAGAGAAAGAGGCAAAACGAUGCGGUUGAGACUCAGGUUGGAGCGAAGCGGAAAGCUAGAGAAGCAUUGGUCAAUAGGAGGAACCAACUGGAGCUCAUAAGGAUGGUUCUGCAGAGGGCGGUUGAAAAGAAGAAAAAGAAGAAUGAAUCGCAAUUGAAUUUGCCUUUGAAUUUGAAUUUGCAUUCCAAUCACGAGUUGAGGAAGGAAUUACCAAACGGGGUUAUGGCUAUAGCUUCCGCUUCCACGCCCAAUGUGGCUUCUUCUUCUCGUUACUUCAGGUCCAAGAAUGUUGAGAGGGUUUCUGUUGGCAAGUUGCAGUGUGGACGAAACUUUAAGAAGGGAAGGAGUAAGAAGUGUCAUUGGUGUCAGAGAAGUGAUUCUGGCAGUCUUAUAAGGUGUUCAAACUGCCAGAGAGAGUUCUUCUGCAUGGACUGCAUUAAACAAAGGUAUUUUGACACUCAAAAUGAGGUUAAGAUGGCAUGUCCAGUUUGCCGAGGAACUUGCACUUGUAAAGAUUGCUUGGCAAGUCAAUAUGAAGACAGUGAAAGUAAGGAACAUUUGGCCGGUAAAAGCAGAGUUGAUAGGAUAUUGCAUUUUCAUUAUUUGGUCUGUAUGCUCCUUCCUGUAAUGAAACAAAUAAAAGAAGACCACCACAUGGGUGUAGAAACAAAAGCGAAAGUUAAAGGAAAAAGAACGUCUGAUAUUAUCAUAAAACCGGUCAAUCUUGGCUGCAAUGAGAAAAAUUACUGCAAUUACUGCAAAACACCUAUUUUGGAUCUUCAUAAAAGCUGCCUUAGUUGUUCAUACAGUCUUUGCUUACGUUGUUCUCACGCAUUAAGUCAAGGAAGUACCUCUGCAGAAGACAAGUCUUCUAUAUCCAAGCUACCUGACAAAUUAAAUGCCUGCAUUUAUAGCGGAAGAUGCCUUUUGAAUGACAAGGCUAUUUCUAAUGGAAAUUUAACCGGUACUUCAAUGUUAACAGAGUGGACAAGUUGUAAUGGUGCUGCCAUUGUAUCAUGCCCACUUACAAAACUUGGUGAUUGUGGUAAUAGCCACCUUGAUCUGAACCAUGUUUUCCCCUUAAGUUGGAUCAAAGAAAUGGAAGCAAAGGCAGAAGAAAUAGUUUGCAGCUAUGACUUUCCGGAAGCUUUGGAUAAAAGUUCAAGUUGCUCAAUGUGUGUCGACAAAGAUCAUAAAACUUGCAUAUACAAGCAGUUACCGGAAGCGGCUCAAAGAGAAGAUUCUAAUGAUAAUUACUUGUAUUAUCCGACAGUUUUGGACAUCGGGAGCAAUCAUUUGGAACACUUUCAGAAACACUGGGGAAGAGGCCAUCCUGUAGUAGUACGAGAUGUGCUGCAAAGUACACCAAACCUUAGUUGGGAUCCACUGUUCAUUUUCUGCACUUAUCUUGAGAGGAGCAUGACAAGAUAUGAGAAUAAUAAGGACUUACUUGAAGCUUGUUUGGAUUGGUUUGAGGUGGAGAUUAACGUUAGGCAGUAUUUUACGGGGUCUCUUAAAUGUCAACCAAAGAAAAAUACUUGGGAUGAGAUGCUGAAACUUAAAGGGUGGUUGUCUUCCCAACUAUUCAAAGAACAGUUUCCAGCACAUUUUGAUGAAAUAAUUGAUGCUCUUCCAAUUCAAGAAUACAUGAAUCCCUUGUCCGGUCUUCUGAAUUUAGCUGCAAAUUUGCCACAGGGGAGUGCAAAACAUGACAUAGGACCAUAUGUUUAUAUUUCAUAUGGCUGUGCUGAUGAUGAAGCUGAUUCCGUCACAAAUCUCUGUUAUGAUUCAUAUGACAUGGUUAAUGUUAUGGCACAUACCAUGGACAUCCCUCUCUCCACAGAUCAGCAAUCUAGAAUGAGUAAGUUAUUGAAAAAACACAAAGCUCUUUGUCAAAAGGUGUCAUGUAAAACUACUACUGAGCAUACAGAAGACAGGGAACAAAAUGAAAUGCACAGUAUGCUAAGUGAAGGAACUAACCUUUUAAGGAGAGUGAAUAGAACAUCUUACAUCUCUAGUGAAGCCAAAACGAUAUCUAAUCAGAACUUAGACACCAAUAUUUCCGGUCUUGAAGAAUGUGGUCCCUAUUCUAAAACUGAAAAGGCACAAGGCUCUUUAUCUUUCCACAGGAAAGUUCUAAGCACUGAAAUGUUUCCAGAUCAUAAACACAGAAAUCCCUUUAAAAACUCAAACGGUGAUAAAAGGAAGAAGACUACAGAGAAUUCUGGUGCUCAUUGGGAUGUAUUUCGAAGACAGGAUGUGCCAAAGCUCUUAGAAUACCUUAAAAGACACUCUGAUGAAUUUUUGUAUACUAGUGAACAUAACAAAAAGAUGGUUCAUCCAAUUCUAGAUCAGAGCUUUUUUCUUGAUAAUACUCACAAGACAAGACUUAAGGAGGAAUUUAAAAUUGAACCAUGGACUUUUGAGCAACAUGUUGGAGAAGCUGUCAUCAUUCCUUCUGGAUGUCCGUACCAGAUAAGGAAUCCUAAGUGUUGUGUUCAUGUGGAAUUGGAAUUCGUAUCCCCUGAGAAUGUUGCUAAGUGUAUUCAACUGAUUGAUGAGAUCCGGCUGCUUCCAGAAGAUCAUCCCGCAAAAGGAGACAAAUUGGAGUUGAAAAAAAUGGCCCUUCAUAGCAUGAGUACAGCAAUAAAAGAAAUACGUGAGCUUACAUGCAGAACUUGA